UAAAAAUACCCAUUUGUAUGCUGAUGUGGCACUGGGAGCCCCGCCCCUUUGUGCUCCUACGUGUUUCCGGGUAAGAGCGGUUCUUUUUCCGCCGUACGUAAACAUGGCGCCACCAGUCCCGUUGUUAGCAGUGCGUGGAUCAGAUGGUACGUCUCUGCUCAGUGGUCCUCCAGUGUGUGAGCAGCACUCCGCCUUCCACAGAGACUCUCGGCUCUGCUGUUGUUUGACUUUCAGCAGAGAUGGGACGUUGCUCUCCUGGUGCAACGGACACAGUGUCACAGUGGUGAAAUGUUCCGAUGGCUCUGUGGUGUCGACCUUUGACCUCCCAAAGACCACUCUCCUGCAGAUUUCUCCUCUCAACACCAUCCUGGUCACCUGGCAGCCAUACAGCAAGAGUCAGGACAGCCCUCAGGGAGACCCCAACCUCCAGCUGUGGGACCUGCAAAGUGGUCAGCUGAUCAAGGCUCUGUAUCAGAAGAAGGUGGACUCCUGGUGUCCCAGCUGGUCUGAAGAUGAGAAGAUUUGUGUCAGGAGUGUCAACAAUGAGCUGCAUUUCUAUGAGAACAAUGAUUUCAACACCAUUGCCAAUAAGCUUCACAUGCAGAAGAUUUCGGACUUUGUGCUGUCACCUGGAGGUGCGCCCAGCAAGGUUGCUGCCUAUGUUCCGGGCACCAAAGGAGCCCCAUCGUUUGUUCGUCUGUAUCAGUACCCGCUGCUGAGCAGCGUGAGUGCUGCGCUUGCCAACAAGAGCUUCUUCAAGGCUGACAGAGUCACCAUGCAGUGGAACAAAAAAGCCUCGGCUGUCCUGGUGACUGCCAGCACCGAAGUGGAUAAAACUGGAGCGUCAUAUUACGGAGAGCAGUUGCUGCAUUUCCUUGCUGUUAAUGGGGAGACUGCCCUGGUUCAGCUGUCAAAGAAAGGUCCGAUCUACGAUGUCACCUGGAGCCCGAACUCCACCGAGUUCUGUGUGGUCUACGGCUUCAUGCCAGCAAAAGCCACCGUCUUCAAUCUCAAAUGUGACCCAGUGUUUGACUUUGGCACUGGUCCACGAAAUGCUGCCUAUUAUAGUCCUCAGGGCCACAUCCUGGUCUUGGCUGGCUUUGGGAACCUGCGGGGUCAGAUGGAGGUCUGGGACGUGAAGAAAUAUAAACAGGUGUCCAAACCUCAGGCUCCAGAUGCCACACAUUUCUCUUGGUGCCCAGAUGGAGAGCAUGUGGUCACAGCCACCUGUUCCCCGCGGCUGCGUGUCGGUAACGGCUUUAAGAUCUGGCACUACACCGGCUCUGUGCUGCACAAGCAGGAUGUCGCUGCUGGGUCGGAGCUGUGGGAGGUUCGCUGGCAGUCGUUCCCUGAAGGCAGCUUCCCUGAGCGGACUGUGAAGUACCAGGCAGCACCCAGCGAGCUGGGAACCACGCAGGCACAGCCCACGCAGGCCUAUCGCCCGCCUGCGCUGAGACACAUGCCGGCCACAUCCAUCUCCAAACUGCAUGAAGAUGAGCCUCCUCAGAACAUGCGUCCUGGUGCUUCUGGUGAGAAGAGUUUGUCCAAAGCAGCUUUAAAGAAUAAGAAGAAACGAGAAGCAAGGAGAGCAGCAAAACAGGAGUCAACACCCGAAGCCGAACAUCCGUCUGACCCAGUUCCUGUAAUAAGCAGUCAAUCGGAGCAGGGCAGCAACAUCUCGGAGUCGGACAAAAAGAUCAAGAAUUUAAAGAAGAAACUCAAAGCCAUUGAAGAGCUGAAGGAGCAGCAGGCGUCUGGAAAGGUCCUGCAGAGGAACCAGCUGGAGAAGAUCCAGAAGGAGACUCAGUUGCUGCAGGAGCUGCAGGAGCUGGAGAUCGGACAGUAGGAUGCAUCAAUCCGGCUCCUGGCCAUGCCAACAAACCCCAUAUAGCAACUGUCUGUAAAAUAAACUACACAGGAUGACAGGUUGCUGAAGUACUUGUUUUCUUCAGUUUAUUUCACCUGUGACACACCUGAGGGCACCUCAUAAAUGCCACCCUCUCAGCACAGGCGAGGAGUUCUGGGACAUGUAGCAAGGUGUGUGGGAAAACGAUUUGAUGACAACAGCUAAAGAAGCAGUUCAGGUUUUCAGCAAGAUCUUUGCAGAAAUGUGAUACCAGACCAGGUGUGAUACUGUAUUUAAACCUGUUGAAAUCUGUACAGCUGAGGAAAUGUCCUCAACACGUAAAGCCACAUCUGACAACAUAUGAUUUAAAAAUGAGCUUGAAUAAAAUAUUUGUUUAUCA